GUAACGCGACUAUGCGUAUUCACGUCCGGCUAAAUCUUUAAAAGUUACAAACAAAAGCAAUAAUCUUCUCAUUAGGAGGAACAAAGAAAACGCACAAGCGUACGCGAACGAAAGAUAGGAAUUUCGGCUUGCGGCGGAAUUUCCGGUUCAAGCGGACAAAUCCAGCUCUCGCAUAAUCCCCGUUGCAUAAUUUCCGCUCAUCACGUCGUAGCGUCGCGCGCGUCGCGUUGCGUCGCGUCCCGCGGUACAAAAUGGCGACGAUCGCUUCACGUUCCUCAGUGUUGCGAUACGUGUGACGACGAGAAUACAUCGUUUUUGCGCGCUCUUUCAUGGAGAGCGGAGUAUCCUCGAUGCACCUGUUAUUUCUGAACGCCAAGCGACUUCGUUGUUGAUCUCAGAUUACUUGCUACGGGCCAUAAAAAAUGUCGAACUCAGAGAAAACAGAUGUUUGUGUACCAGAUACACAGGAAACAUAUUUUGAAGAAUCUAACAAUGAAAAAACUUGCAGUGAGACACAAAAUUCAACUUUAAAUGAGAGCCAAGACUUUCAUCUUGUCGAUUUUGGAGCAGACGAGAAUGUAACUGACAAGACACAAUCUUUGGGAGAAGAUAGCUGUCAAAAAAUAGUUAAAGAAGGUUUGCAGCAGACUUCCAACAUACCGGAAUCUAAAACAGAUGACAACUCAAUAACUGCAAGCGAUAAAGUUGAAAGUGAAGAAAAGAUUACUGUAGAUGAGACGACAGAGAGCAAGCUGAUCAAGAAAAGUGAGGAGAUCAGCGAUGAGCUUACUGACAAUGACGAAGAUGAAAUUAUUCAAGGUACACCUCCUCAUAGUUACACGCCGCCUAAGAAAGCAGAGGGCGAUAUCGAAGGCGCGAGUCUUAAAAGGAAAGCGGGAUCCUUCGAAGAACCUCCGACCAAAGUUCUUAAAACAACGUCGAUGGAGAACGUAGUGAACGUUAAGGAACAGUUCGUGGGAGAGGAGAGUCGUCAGUCCUGCAAAUCCGACGAUUCAUACGACGAACUGUUCAAAAGUACGCAGAGUAACGUCAUAAUAGAGGAAACUCAAGAUCCAGCAAGUCAGUUAACUCUGAACUCGCUACAGAGCUCUACCGUACCGGCCGAAACGAUGGACGUCGACAAAGAGCAACAGGAAAAGGAGGAGACCUUUUCCGAGAAAUGCUGCGACGUGGAAAAAGACGAGAAUCUCAACGUCUCCGCAAAACUCGCCGACGCCAAUGCUGACAACAGCACCGUCGCCACCGUGAAUUCGUUACAUGAAAGCGAUAUUCAGGACAAGUGCGAGGCGAAAGGGACCGUCUCGGCAUCUAGCGUUGCGGCGAAAAGUGUCGAUGAGAAACCUCAAACGGACACAUCGGAUAAGAAAGAGACUGAGGACGAGAAGUCGCCGGAGAUCCAAGAAGACACAAUCACAGAGGCAGUCAUAGAUACGGUGGUAGCCGACGAGGACGACAACAUGACAGAUUCGACAAACUGCAUUUGUCGAGGCGAGGAGACUGCCAAGCCCGAGCCCGAGCCCGAGCCCGAGCCUAAGCCCGAGCCUAAGCCCGAGCCUAAGCCCGAGCCUAAGCCCGAGCCCGAGUCCAAGCCCGAGAAGCCUACCGAGACCGACGAGGAGGUUCCGUCGUCUCAGUCGAAAGUACGCAACAAAUCUCCAUCAUGCUUGACUGCCGCGAACUCCUGCAAAUCGCGAAAGAGCAUAGAGCUCGUGUACGACGGCGUGAGCAGGUCCGCCACUGAUGUUGACAGCGAGUCAAGACCGGAGGUCGUAGAGAUCGUCGAUGACACUGACAAGAGCAUCCUGGAUUCUUCGACGGAGAUAAUCUACGACCAAACAAACAACGCUAAGAACAAACCGAAGCCGGAAGUCGUGAACAUCGAUGAUUCUCACGAAGACGGCGAGAAAAUCGUUUUGGAUGGCCUCAACGCCAAUUCGGAGGUGACUGCCACGGACAAGAAGACCCGCGAGGAUAUGAACGAGACGUUAUACAAGAGCUGCUACGAUACCAAGAGCGAGUUCAGCUACAAGAGUGUAUCGGAGAGCAACAAGGAGUCGAUGGAUUCUAAAAUGGACAGCAACAAGAUGGUGAAUGGUAACGACGAAUCUAAAAGGAACGACAAAACCGUCAGCGUCGAAUCUGACACGUUCUCCAGCUACGAGACGCCACCCGCUGUUCUCAACAGAAAUGACAGCGGCAACGCGGCUAUACUCAGCUCGCAGAAACUGGCCGCGAAAGGUCUUCUAAUCUCCAAGGACUUGGACAGCAUUGAGCUGAUCAGCAUAAGCGACCACGAGCAGGACAUAUCUAACACCGACGAUGGCGCGAGAAAGUCCGACUCGGUUCACAACAGCGUGCUGACUAAAACUGUACAGGUGGAGAAGGAGAUCGGUAUGUACGUAAAGCUGAGAUGUCUUCUGCAGGUUGACGAGAAUACCAAGGAGUUCUUGAGCAAAGAGCUCACCGCUGUACACUGCGAAGCUAUGGCGGAGUCCACUUUGAGACAGAAGGAAGACACGGCGUCGUCUUCGUUAGCCGAUAUUUCCGACAACAAGGAGACCUCACCUGGUUCGGUGAACAGCAAUCCCCAGCUGUUUCACUUGAACCCGUCGAGGUUGUCCAUGAUGUCGUCCACCAGUUCGUCUAGCGCCAGCUCAGCAUCCAGCGCCACGUCGCUUAUGGCUAAGCAACUGCUCAAGGAAAGUGUGCUGUUCUCCUUGCCUCGUGGCCCAGCGAAACAUGCGAAGAAAAUAUCGCAAGAUGUGCCGUCGGUGAGCGAAAAGCAGGCUUUCGAUGAGACAUAUGAACGCUUGACACGCGAAUGGGGCAACAACCGAUUUUUAACCAUGACCGUGUUGAACUAUGCAAACGCGGAGCUGAACGCGUUGGACACUCACAAUAUCAGCAACGAGCGAUUGGACGACCAUCACUUGCAGAAGCAUCUGCGACGUUUGCCCUCAUCGACACCGGAGGUUCCGGCGGAGAAGAUCGAGUUGACGACACACUCUGAAAUGACCACACCGAAGAGCACCAAGAAGAACAAGUCCCUGAAGAGACCCAGGAGCAAAAUGACGAGAUCGCAGGUGCACACGAACGGCGAGAGUAAGAGUAACGCGAGUACGCCAACCACGGCGUUCAAUUCCAAAACAGAGGACAAUACGACAGACGACAAUACACCUCGGAAGAAGACUAAAAUGAACAUCGCCGCCGUACCUGACGACGACGCGGAGCAAGCCAAGUUGAUGAUCAGCAACGCGGACGUCCUCGCGAACUCGUCGCCGUUGCCGAUCGACGAUCUCAUCGGCAGGAAGGUGUUCGCUAAAUGGUCGGACAAUAAUUACUAUCCCGGCACGGUAAUCGAACGCGCGAAGGCCAAGUACAAGGUGAAAUUCUAUGACAGUGUGGUCAAGUUGCUUAUACCAGAGUUCGUCAUACCGAUACCAAAGAUUCUGAAGGAAAAUUUGUCAGUGUACGCGACUACACAGGCCAACGAUUAUGGCUCCAGCGGCAUCAUCAUAGAUGUGAAGAGCAGCAAGGACACUACAGAGGACGACGUGCGCUACACUGUGGAGACAGACGAAGGUGAGCGUCUGCAUGUUCAAUUGAAGAACAUCUUCCUGUCGCCCGAUCAGGCUCUGCUGCUGAAGGAAGUGCUGGACUCCGACAACAAGAGCCUGCCGAGCACACCGAAGCAUCUGGGUCAGGUGUCGCUGGAUAACAUGGUGGAUGGUAAGCGACGCUCCAAACGGAUCGGCACACCUAUCUUCUCGACCCCCAAGUCCAGAAACAGCGGCACUAGCUCGUCCAGCAAGACCGGUCGUCAAGACCGGAAGUCGUCGGAGCCGUCAGUAUCGGGGAUGGCGACAAAGAUGAAGAAAGAACGAAGCGUGUUGUCCGAGAACGAGAGCAUGUCCAGCGACACGAAUAUCGAGCCCGUGCCGCUGGAUGAGUGCGCGCAGUGGGGAGUGCAAAAAGAGAUCAUCGGUACGCCGCAUGAGCAAGUGGUGAAAGGGCCGAAGAGCAGGAUCAAGAGCAAGCGCAGCUUCAAGAAGAAGGUGGAGGACGAGCUGACGAUCGCGACUCUCGGACCGAUUCCCACCGACAACACCAUCUUCAAGGGCAUGUCGUUCAUCCUCACUUGCGCGUCAUUAGAGUGUCUGGAUAGAUAUCAAGACAACGAUAUCGAUGCAGAAGAAAAGGCCCUCGCAUCAAGCACGGAGGACAACGCAUCAGGCACCGAUGAGACUGACAACGAGCAGGAGUGGAUGGAACGACCGUUCGUGCGAGACCGGCUGCACACGCAGAUCGUGGCGGGUGGCGGCAGAGUCUACGAGGACUUCAACGAGAUCCCGAAGGACGAGUACAAGAAGACUAAGCUCAUCACGAAUGUGCCAAACACCACGGCGAAAAGCAUACUCUGCCUCGCGGUCGGCAUCCGCGCCUACAAUCACAAGUGGAUCAUCAGAUGCUGCUUGGAGGGGAAACUCGUGAACUCCGCUGAGGACAUGCUUCCAAGCGGCUGGAGCUUACAGAGGCGAGCUUACGUGGAAACGUUCCAAAUUGAUAUCAGACCGCUGGCACAACUCGUGGUGAUAAUUCCCAAUCUCUUGAUGGACCAACAGUUCGCUGCGUUUUGGGCGCAGGUGUGCGACAACGCGGGUGCUGUAGUUUUAGUCGCGGAGAAUUCAGAAAGUAUCGAGGAAAUGGAAUUCGACAGUGCUGCGGUGAUCGUUUCUAAUCAGAGGUGUCCUGCGUGGGCCGUAGAAAGAGCACAACAGUUUCGAAUCCCACUGAUGUCUACCACAUGGGUCACACAGUGCUUAAUCGAAGGCAAGAUUUGCUUGUACAACCAGCACUCCCGUUAUAGGUACAACUACACAAAUUAAAACGUAUUGUUGUUCAAGAGACUCGCUAUACAUUCGCGAAAAUUCAGAUCGUAAUCAGUGUGAUUUUUAACGAUCGUGCCAGCGCUCUUGUGUUUUUUUAUAUUUUUAUUUCUUUUUUUUUUUUUUUUGUUCUUUUAUACAUCUGACUUGUCACAGAAGAAGACAAGAGAGCAACAAUUAUUGCAAAUGAUUGAUGCGAUUUUAGCUUUUUUUUCUGUAUCUUGCUAUUAUUUUAUUUAAUUCAAGAGUGAUGUUUAUUUGAACAUCAUUAUCCACUUCGAUUAUGAUUUAAUUAUCAAUAGUGUCACGAAAUAUUAUUUAAUUUUGAUCAUGUUUACCCAGAAAAUCUCUUGACAGCAAAACGUUAUUUUCUCAUGUCAAUUCAAUAAAUAUUUCUCCUAGAAACAUAGGAAAUACAAAAUUUACGAAAAGAUUUUGUUCGAAUAUGCCAAUAAAAAACUCAACGCAAAUCGUAUCGACGAGUCUCAUGACUAUUAAUGAAUUUGUCGAUAUUCGUGUUUGUAUAUUGCUUUCCAAUAUCUUUCGACUUUUUAACGAUAAUAAUGUUUUUGUUAUGUGUCGUUAUGAUGUUGUAACAAUCUGACGCAAUCACGCGUGAUGGCAACAUUAUUAUUAUUAAAAAGUUACGGAAGGGACAUAGAAGAGUGAUGUAGCUGUUUAGACUUUUGUAAGAUUUUGUACAAAACAACACACGACGCAAAGAACAUUUACCUGUGUGAAAAACAUUUGCGGUGAUCUUAGAACGUAUAUAUCUAUAAUGAAAGAAGCAUGGCCAAUCUGGGCGAUAAAAAUAGAUAUCUACCUAAAAUCUUGAGAUAUCCAUCUGAGAUCUUCAGAUAUAUUUUUUUACGCAUAAAGUCAUCGUUGCGCUUAAACGAGAAGAAAUAAUAAAACGUGUAACAAUACGUUACAUCUUUUUUAUCUUAUUACAUUUGAUGAUAGUCAUGCCUUUCCGGAUAUAUAUGUAUUCUAAGAGCGACGGUGUUGUUUGGACAUUACUAUUUGCAUCGAUUUGCGACAUCAUGUUAUCUCUCCUUUUCCUUAUACCUAACUUAUCUUGGAAGUAUACGAACAUUGCAUGUUUGUUGUAUAUUCGUUUAUACUUCGCAAAAGUGGAAUCUGGGAGAUAUAAAAUACACCAAUAUAUGUUUGACGAAUUUCAAUAUUAGUAACUAAAGACGUCUCAUUCUUUAUUUAUUCUUGGCAUCAAAACAUUUUCACAUGUUUUGCAUUUUUUUAAUUAAAGAUAAAUAAAAACUGAUUAAAUUUAUUUACUGAUAAGGUGUUCGUCAAAAAUAUGUAUCACGAUUAUGACAAAUAAAUGUACCGCCUGUAAAGGAUACUUCUAUGAAAGAUGUAUCAUAAUCCACAUUGAUGAUGGUAAAAAGAAUUACCCGUCGAAGUAAAAGUAAACAAAACCGUGGAACAAACUAGGCGGUAAUAUGUGUAUAUAAGUAAAUAUAUAUAUAUAUAUAUAUAUAGAUGAUAUAUAUCUUAUAAGUUAUAUAUAUAUCUAUUAUGUACAAUGUUUAAGGGAAAAAUACAAUCAUAUUUUGGCAAA